AUGGGAGAUAGUAUCAAUAGAGUAGGCGCAUUGCGACGUGUUUAUGGCGGAAGAAAGCGACGUGGCGUUGCACCAAAUCGCUUCAAGAAAGCGUCUGGCUCUGUGAUCAGAAAGGCGUUGCAGACCCUCGAGGCGAUCAAGUGGGUUGAGAAACAUCCGGAUGGCAACGGCCGGAUUCUUUCGCGACAGGCAUGCAGUCUUAGUUUUGCCAAAAUUAUUUCCCCGACAAUUGUUGCCCAUUUUUUGCGCAAAUUAGGCCCAUCGAUUGUGUGGUAA